ACCUGUUCAGGCAAGAGGCCUGCUAGCCGCGCAACGCAACAAACUCAGCCUCAUUCUUUAUUCUUUCGGCCAAGCAGCGCGGUUAAGGCGAAGAGCGGCCGUGGCAGACUUGCUCGCCUCGCCUCUGCCGGCGCUGCCCACCCUGAUCCCUCCGGGCGGGUCAGAACACGGCCAAGCUCCGGUACCACAGACGCUAUUUUGUUGGCAGGUGAGCCGAAUCGUCUCGAGGUGAAGUUCAAGGAGGUGAUCGGCACCAGGGUCUUAACAAUUCUGGCCCAGAAGACCGAUGGUCCGUAG